GUGGACUCAAAGAUGCUUGAGACUGGUUCUUCACAAGGGCCUUUGAGAUUCCUGAGGUCCGCCGCGGACCUCAAAACUGUGAGACUGCUUAUAGUCCUGAGGUCCGCCGCCGCUGCGGGCAUAGGUGUCUGCUACGCCAUUUUCUGCUGGGGCUCUGGGGUGAUGAGUGUUUUUUUAGGAGCUUGAGAUGGAGUUAUUGCGGGUGGUGGAGGCGAGCGCCAACGAUCUGGCAGUUGGGGAGGGCGCUCCUUGGCCGAUUCUUGUGGAAUCUAAUCAAAGGUUGUCCCUCUGAGUUGCUGCGGGGUUAAUCUGAUGCCCCCACUAGAAAUAGCCCAGUCCUAUGCACUGGGAAGCUUCCGCUGAAUUGAGACGCAUUUCCACUAGUCAUGAGAUAUUAAGUAAUAUUUUUCAAAUAAUUUCUUGUGUUGGGUUUCCCUGUCUCGUCUCGUGCUCUGACCCCCCCUGCUUAUCCUAUAGUCGUCUUGAUUUCUUUCUGUUGCUUUCACCCUCCUUUUUUCACUACCAAGUUACUUAUUUUCCAAAAUCGGUGUAAAGAAACGGCUGUCAACUGCUGAUUCGAAGUGGAAGAAAAAAGUAGUUGUACUUGUAUCUGAGGUACGUACGUAAAGAAGAACAAAGUGCGUGCCAGUGCAGCCUCUUCAUCUGCUACGAAGUUGGGUCCUCCAAGAGUUCCAGGUUGCAUGAAAGACGAUGUUUCGAAUUGUUAACCCCCGCCACAAGCAGAAGCACAACUUUUCUUUGUGUUUUUACGGGCCUCAGGGAGUUUGACCUGGUGAAGGGCCUUACGAGGUUGUCGAGACAGGCAGCACUAGCCAAGCAAGUUUGCACGGGAUACGAAACGGGCACCAUCUUCAGCAUCAGCUUCGUCGGGAGCAAUAAAGAAGAUGACGACGCUAGGCACAACCACUGAUGCCCUUCUUCCCAGCGGCGACGGACCCACGAUGCCGCUGCCGUCCACCGGGUCCUUGCUCGCCGGAUUGCAGGCUGAGGCGAUGAGUCGGCCCAUGUCGACUGCGAGUACGACUAGGCCAAAAAGCGGCAUCGCAGGUCGAAGGCCACGUGCGGUGAUAUCACCUUACGACAUAUUCGAAGACGAAGAUGAGACGGAACAUCCUAUGGACAAUCUCAAUUUUUUGGACAAAGCCGAACCGGUCUCACCAAGAAGCCCAACGGACGGCGCGAAGAGGCCUGGGACAAGCUGCAGUGCUAGCGCUCAAGUACGGUUCGACUCAGCGGCCAGAACGCAGAAAAAAGUGGAAAAAGCAAUCGAAGCGAUGGAGUGUAAGGGAAUACUUUUUAGUUUGAUCAUUUGAGGAUCAAGAUCAAGAUGAUGAGAAUCGUUGGAUUCAAAGUUGUAGAUGCUGAACUACAACAGGAAGGAACUAGAUGUCUGUUAUGUUGUUGAGAUGAUUAUAUAUAGAUCAUCAUGGUUGCAUCAAAAACCACUUAGAAUUAUUGGCCGUGAUGCGUAAGUACUUCUAACGCAGAAGAUUGUUGUCUGUGACUUCUGACACUCGUCAAUACAACAAAUUCUCAGUCGGAAGCCUUGGGAGCGGGUCUCGGGCUGCAGCGACUGGAAACACUGGUGCAGAAAAGGACCCGAAAACGGCAUUUCAAGAAGAGAGUGUGAAGGUCCAGCAGGGCAUUGGUAAGGUUGAGAAGGGCGUCGAGCAAGUUUUAGAAAGGCACAAGAGCUUCGUUGCGGGCGAAGCAACACGCGCUCUAGGCACAUCCACGGGCAGUAGCGGUUUUCAGCGUGGCAAGACAAAAAACCUCGAAAGCGCGCAAAGUACAGUAAACCUAGGAGCAAUAACUGGCACAGGUGCGGCGGCGUCGAGUACCUCCAAAGGUACUGUUUUUAUCAUAUUUUCAGGACGAAGCUGUCGGUGGCAAUAGUGUACUACAUCUACAUAAAGUUGUUGUAUGGUCAGCUCCGGCUUGUCACGACCAGAUAUAUUCUAUCAAGAAAAGCUCAGUACUAGCUGUUCUUCUUUCAUCCCUAGGUGGCACAGCCGACUCGGACGAUGAGAAACCGACAGGAGGGCCGUUUCUAGUUAAGCGCGACUUAUGUCCGCCGGAAUAUGUCGAAAGAUUGAAGAUGAAAGACAACGACGCUAAAGACAUGAUUACCAUAAAUCGGGAGUCAAUUUGUGCUUUCGCACCGCAGACGAAUGUAGUAAACCGAAGACUUCGCUCCGCGGAGAGGAAUCGAAAAGGGCUCAAGUACAAAAUGCAAGCGAGGGAAAUGCGUGAGGAGUAUUUUUAAGAAUAAUUUUUUCUAGCUUUUUGUUUUUGCGCCUACCCACAUCAACAUCAAGAUGAUCUGAAAAAACCUAGUGCCCUAGCUGUCCUCGCAACUACUGCCGGGUUGUAGUUGCGCUACUACUUACUUACCUGCUUCCUCGCUUUGGUCAUAAUCAUGGAUGAUAUCACAGCAUUGAUUUCUCUUCCUCCACCUUCACAUUCGGCUAUUCCUUACUCGGAAUAACGAAAAUCAGGAAUGCGAUGCGAAUACAGUAUGAGUAUGAGAUAAAGAUGCGGAAAGCCGAAGCCGCAGAAUGGAGAAAGAAACAUAUGAAGCCUCACGAAUUAUUCGACCUUGUCCGACCGCCAUCGGAUGCGAGUAGUCGUGCUACCAGGCCAGUCACUGCAGGUAGCACAGCCGCGAUAGACGUCCCGGCUACAGGAAAGUAAUAGAUACAACAUUCAUCACUUGGCUAUUUAUACUAUCUUCUGCUGUAGGUGUAGUAGUUAAACUCCUGCUUUUUGAGGAUAACUUUUAGUAGUUUUUGUUCUACUUAGAGUAGAUCUUGUUGAAGAGUAAGAACGUAGUAUUCGCAACAUGAUUUGCUUCUGCAGCGCCAGCAGUGCGAAUUUAGGACAGGAGGGAGAAAUAGACGAUCGUAUGCGUAUGCCCAGCGAGAUGAUGUGGGACAUUGUCCUGCCGUCGAAGAGUGUAGCGGAACUGAUGAAGAUUCAGCUAGCGAUUACCAAGGCCUCUACCUCUUCAGCCCCUGAUCCGUCACAGACGUCCUCGUCGCGAAACCAAUCUUCAAGAGGAAGCAAAGUUAAGGCUUUCACUCAACAACACCCAAUUUGUUACAGUGAAGAUCCUAGAUUGAUAUCCAAUUUCAAAAGUAAGACACUCGUGGUUGUUGUUGUUGUUGUUGUUUAUUUAUGUGAACGUUGUAUGCAGAGGGUUACGUACUACUACCCAGUACUUCGUAAACGAUAAGCAUUUUCCUCUUUUUUCUUUUUGCUUCCGUUUUCUUCAUCUACCAUGCAUCUUCUAAACAAAGGAAUCUUAGGGCCGCAAGUACGCAAAACUUGGAAAGAUCGCAAACAACAGCAGAUAUCAUAGGGCAUGAUGACGACGAGGACGAGGGCGGCCCACCAUGCGCGCAAUUUUGGAUCCUUCUUACCACUGUCUUAGGGUUUUGCGUGGAUGUACAACAAAAGCUGGAGCCGCCAGUGCUGACACCGGUCUUCGAAUCCUGGAUGAAACGGAAAUGUAACAUAAUUGCGUUGACUAUAACUUGACUUCGUUCCUCCCCUGGGUAGGUUAACGAGACACAAAAGGACUAACCAUUUUCUCUCGUGCAAUUAUGAGACUUUCUUCGCAUUGCAAAUAUUUAUAGAUAUCCGAAUGUGCUAUCACAAGAUGUGAUCACACUGACAUGUUUACCCCGACUCCUUCCUUCUAGGUAAUCUUGUUGCGGCAAGCAUGCGGCUGCGACGCCUUGUCACUGAGCGCCGUGCGGCUGCUAUAGUGAUCAAGAAAUCCAUGGAGUCGUGGAUUCCAGCACGGACACAGUGGUUUUUUCUCAUGUUUUUUAACCGCGCAGUGACCAUCCAAAGAUGGUGGAGGAGACAGAAGACGCACUUGAAGAAUCAAUACUUGCACGCAAGAGAAAGGUGAGCAGGAUUUAUUUGUUCGUGACUGGUGAAGGAAGAGGAACUCAUUAUUUUUAGGGUGUUGUGGCUUUCUCUUCCUGAUAGAGGAUAAUUUUGCCAUCAUGAUGAAUGCGUCAACGUGAACGUUUUUGAUGCGUAGUAUUGUAGUGAACAAAGACCUUGCUUUUGAACUUACUUACUAGAAACGAUCAUGUUCCGAACCCUUGUCUUUUACUCUGUCUUGUCAUUGUGGUCGAUAGAUGCGACAGAGCACUCGUCCCUUUCUCAGGUUUUGUGAGGUGGAGAGGCAUUAUUGUCUGAAGCGUAUGAAGGAAAUGGACGAGCAUGCAGCGAAGGAGAAAGCACAAUACCAGGCGCAGAGUGGUCGAAACCUGCGAGGGAGCACAGCAGCGACGUCGCGCAGCGGUGGUGGAGGGAAAGAACAAAAGAAGGGUCCGACCGCAGCGGAGACGGAGGAGCGACUGCGGUACAUGAUGGUGCCGGAAGAAAUUCGAGUACGCGUUCUGCGGGACUACAUGCGCUUCCGGAGGUUUCAGACCGUGCGCGAACAAGCGAAGUUCGAGGAGAAGUGGAUAAAAGAUAGACAUGAGUGGCUGCUGGACAGGAGAGCGAUCAACUUUCUAGGCCUGAAAAAGGUGAAGGGAAAUGCCAAAGCACCUGUAAAGCCUUUCAUGAAUGAUGGAGGCGGUGUGGUGCCCACCAGGCGAGACGUCCUAUUGGACCUGGUCGGAGAAGCUCACCUUCUCAAGGCUGAACUGGAGGAUGGCGCCGGAGGCAGAGUCAGAGGGCAACAAGGAGCUAGAUUUUACUUAUGACAAGUUGCUGAAUCAUGAUCUAGUUCUAGUACAUCUCCUCAAGGUCUGACCUUUUCCGUCAAGUAAUUGUUUCAACAAACAAGCUCAAAUUGAAAUUUGUCUGUUAGAAGUCCGGUUUAAAAAGCCUCAAGCGCAUGUAUCCUGGCAGUGCGAGCUUCAGCACGACCUCCUGGUGUCAUCUUCUUCUAAUCUCGAUGGAUAGCGAGGAUAGAGUAGAACAGUGGUUGAGGGAGAACGAGGCGAUGAAUCAAGAAGCGCAAAAGUCGAUGGCCCGAGCGCGUGAGAGUCGACGAAGUAGCUCUACCAAUGGCGGUCGAAAGGUAGAACUGCUUCCAGGGGAGGCAGAAUUUGCGCAGGAAAGCGGUGCAGAGGAUGCGCCGCAGUCACCAGAAAAUGCGAAAACGACCUCGGAAGCUCUAUUAAGAAACUUCCCGUAGCAAUACUUUUACUUGCAUACUUUUGAUUCAGUGUUGUAUUUUUACUGUAAUACAUGACCAUCUUCAAAUUCAUUGCCAUUCCUGUACUCCUAGUCGUACUUGUCGAUACAACUACAUCUUCGUACUGGGAUGAAGUACUAGGUGACAUAAUUUGUCAUUUACAGUUAGACUGUUGUCGCACAUUUGAUUUUCUAACAUUCGCUGUUCAGCGUAAAGGCUACUACGACGAGCAACGAAGCAUCCUCGCCGAACCUGUCGAAGGAGACGACGACCUAGAAAUGCGUUUCCAGGGCAUCCCCCGGAUGCCUGAGGCUCUUCCUGCGACGAUAUCAUCUCUACCGAAAUCCCCACCAAAAAACUAGGAGAUGCGACUUGGGACCACGGUGAAGUAGAAGUACUACGUAAUGGCAUAGAGUCAGAGAAGAGAGGGUGAAGCCCAUAAGCAUGACGGAAAAAAGAAACGUUGCCGUUUUUAUGCUGUAGCUGCAGCACGACAAUAUUCUUGAGUGGCUCUUUGUUUUUGAUGAAAUUAAAGAUCCGUAGUACUUCAAACCAUUUACGCAAUUGAUGCUCCGUGGUCGUUGAGUAGGAGUACUACAAUUUUGACUCGCUACUCAGUCCUAGUCCUCGAAUAAGUAAAAGCUGGCUCGUGGAUAAUUCAAUCGUUGAUCAAUGUACUCACCUCGCAGAAAGCUUAUUCGCUUAUAUCGCACACUGUGAAACGUUGUUCGCCAAUUUUAAAACAUUCCAAGAAUUCCAAGUGUAAAACCGACAUGUCAAUGUCUAAGUUACUAUAUUUGAACUAAGGAACCUCUUUUAUUUUUUGCUUGUAUUCUUUUUUGGAAGAAACCUACUGAACCAGAUGUGAUGAAGCCGGAACGCACAGCGGCUUCAUCCAGAAGUUGCGUGGGCGUUUAAUUGUAGAGAAAGAGCAGGACGAAAACAACGUCCGAAUAUGGCCCUCUUUGACUGACGGCAAUCUCGGUUGCACAGAAUUUCAAGCCUAUGACUAAUGCAAAACGUGGCAAUGACUAUCAAAGUUUAUCACUUCUGUAAAGAAUAGAGACUGACCCUUCAAAAAUGCACUACAAUUAUCCUUCGUAUACUUCAUUUUUUUUUAUCCCAGGACGUUACAAUGAAUGUCUAUCUUUAGCUAUCUACCUAGAGGUAUCACAUCAUUGGAAAAAGGUAACCUCCGGCUCCAGGCAUCAGCAUCAAUGUCAAUGUUUUUAAACGAUAUGAACUUUUUUUUGUGAACAUCAUUCAACAAAAUCGUCAUCGUGUAUAAACGAAA